AUUGAUUGGCACAACUAUGGAUACACCAUAAUGAGCCUGUCGCUUGGAAGGAGGCACCCUCUUGUUCGGAUUGCUAAGUGGUUUGUACAAGGGAUUUUUAUGCUGGUAGCUGGGAUAUCGGUGGGCCACAGGGGUUCUGUAUUUGGUUUAUAAAAUAUCACUCAUGGCCACCAAUUUCCCCCGCCCAUCAGCCCCCACAGUGGCUUUGAAAACCCCAAGAAGCUGGCUUGGGGGCAAUAUUCCAUAAAUUGCUGUUGGAUAGAUUUCUUUUAUGCCCUUUUGUGAUUGUUUCAGGAGGGUUAGAAUAUGAGGAGGCACUCUGUGUAGUGGUAUAGGCUUCUGAUAUUUUCACAUAUUAUCCCUCAGUAACAGGCCUCAGCAAUGCAUUUUUGAAGAUGAUUAUUUAGCUAGAUUUCUGAAAGCUUCUUCAUGCAUAGCUUGUAAAUAAAUACAAUUGAACUCCUCAUAUAAUUAAUGAAGGACUGUAUAGAUCAGCCUCUCCCAGCUUGGUGAGCUCCAGAUAUCUUGGGCCACAACUCCCAUCACACACGGUAGCCGUGGUUGGUAGUCCAACUCAUUGGACAGGGAAGCUGGGUUGGGGAAGGCUGACAUAAGAUAAUGACACAAGAUCCAUAAAAAGGGAUUUGGCCAUGAAGUUUCAGGGUGGCUGUACUUCCAGAUGUGCAUUUAUUCUCAUUGUUGUGACGAGGAUAAUUUUGAUUAGUUUUUCAGUAUUAUUUUUUGAGCAACGGGUAACUCACAACUGAUACAUCUGUCUUUUACACAUCUGUCAAGCCACUGUUUUCUUUAGCUUUGAGGAACAAUAGAUUAUUUUAAAGUCAUUACUAGUGUUAAUAUUCUCCCUGUCCUCCAUUUCAAACUUCUGCUUCAGGCCUAGACUUUGCUAAUGAUAUACAAAGAGAAAUGAUUCAAAGUGUGGGAAGAAUAUGAACAUUCACUGGAUUUCUGUGCUUUAAAUAGGAUGGAAAAAUGAAGGCUAUCAAAGGCCUUCAUAUUAUACUGUUGUAAUGUUCUUACUUUUUAGAAAUGACACUACAAUUAUGGCAGAAACUUGUAUUUCCAUGCAAAAACCUGUUUGAGUCCAUUUCUUUCAGGUAUGAAGAAUUCUUUGGUCGUUUGUCUCACCAUAACAUUUGUGUGACAGAUGCAAUGCAAGAGGAUCUUCAGGUGAAUUGUAACAUCAGGUAAACCAGUUGCUCAAAAUUAAUUGUGACCAGAUGGGCAGAGUAUGAUGCAAGGGAAUUUACUGGACCAUUUGCCUCAAAGUAAAGUUGAUUAUAUAGAAUUAUCUAGUUCUGUUGAAUUUAGAAGAGAGGUAUACAUUGAAUUUAUAGCCAGAAAAGAAAACGAAAAAAGCUUUUUGAAAGUUUCUCAAAAUGUUAACUCAGGGCCUGUUGAGGUUUGAUAGGUGUAUUAAUUUUAUGUGGGCAGAAUGGCUUGCGCAUGGAGAGCUGAACUCUUGCAGGAGCCAGUGCCCGCAGUGCUUCCCGCUUCUGCUUUCAGGGAGUUCAGUUUUGGAUGCUCUGAAUAGUUCAAGAGUUAAACAACCCAGUUAAUCCAGCAACAAAUUGUGGCACGUGUAGGUUGUCGGUUGCAUGUGGACAUGAUGAGUGCCCCCGAGGCAGCCUGCUUGUUUCCACUCACGUCAGACAGCCCAUCAUUGAAACGGUGGAUUAUCAUGGUGUCUGAACCAGCUCAUGCUUUCCUCUAGCAUCUGGUGUUCGUAUUUGGAUGGUAGGUUCGCCAAGGGCUUCUACAUUUGAAGCCAGCUCAGAGGCACGUGCACUGCAGAGUGGCAGUAUGCGGGCUGGCCCUCUCUGCACCUGCCAGCUGGGCUCUGGUGUCCAGUUUGUGAACGCCGAGUGGGUGCCAUCCCGCAAUGUGCCAGGUGUGCCUUCUCCCUCCUGUACCACAGAAACUGCCCUGAGCUUUUCAGUUGUAAUUCGGUGUCAACAUUGUUCGGGGGUACUUUUUACAAGUGAAAUCAUUCUUCAUCAGCACCUUUUUACUUCCAGUUAUUGUACCUUGAUUGUCCCAUCGAACCCCUUGCAUUACAGAGCAGUGACCUUCCAUGACAAGCCAGCUUCAUUCUUUAAGGAAACACCUUUGAGAGUCCAGCAUCAGCUGUUCAUGAAACUUGCCAAGGACUAUGCUCCUUUUAAAGCCCAGCUGGUAGCAGAGCCCCUCCUCUCAGAUGAUGUGGAACAAUCUGCCUUUACACAGCUUGACACCAGAAGCGGAACUGUGACACAUGGCCCGGGCCGGCCGGCCCUUCUCAUCAGCAGCACUAGCUGGACAGAAGAUGAAGAUUUUUCCAUUCUGCUAAAAGCAUUAGAAGAAUAUGAACGCGAUUGCACUGAAGAGGCGAAGCUUCCUCCUCUAGUGUGUGUGGUAACAGGCAAAGGGCCGCUGAAGGAGUAUUACCAGGAACAGAUGGCCGCACUGCAUUUCAAGCAUGUCCAGAUGUGCACGCCCUGGCUGGAAGCAGAAGACUACCCACUUCUGCUUGGGUCAGCAGAUUUAGGGGUUUGUCUCCACAAAUCCUCCAGUGGCUUGGAUCUGCCCAUGAAGGUGGUGGACAUGUUUGGCUGCUACUUGCCUGUGUGUGCGGUGCACUUCCGGUGCUUGCAUGAACUCGUGAAGCAUGAAGUAAACGGCUUGAUAUUCAGGGACUCAAGUGAACUGGCAGAGCAGCUGAAGAUGCUUUUCUGGGAAUUUCCUACUGAAAAAAGCAAGCUCAAUUUUUUCCGAAGAAAUCUUCGUACAGCUAAGCAGCUUCAGUGGGAUGAAAGCUGGGAACAGGCAAUAUUUCCUCUGUUUAGCAGUGAUUUAGUGGAUAAAUGUAGAACUUAACUCAUGAUUCGUGCAUUCCCAAACUUCA